AUGUACCUGACCCAGGCUAUGACCACAAAAAUAGAAGUCUACGGCGACCCCUCUGUCCACCCCCAGCCAGAGCACUAUUGGGGCAACGUGAACUCAUUCGGCCCACGGGCCUGCUACGACGAAGGAAAGCGCGCCGCCGAAGCCCUCUGCUACGCCUACCGAGAGCAACACAACGUUAACAUUCGCGUCGCGCGAAUCUUCAACACAUACGGACCACGCAUGGGCGCGAGCGAUGGCCGGGUCGUUUCAAGCUUUAUCGCAUCUGCAUUGGCCAGUGAAGAUCUAAAAAUCACCGGCGAUGGCACAGCAACUCGAUCGUUUCAAUAUGUUACCGACUGUACGCAGGGACUGUAUGCGCUUAUGCAGAGCGGCUAUAACAAAGGCCCGGUGAAUAUCGGUAAUGAUAGGGAGUUUACUAUCAAGCAACUAGCUGAACUUGUGAUCGUGCUUGUUUCGCAGAUGACUGGCGUAUCUAGGGUCUCUAUUGCGUAUCUGCCGCCGUUGGUGGAUGAUCACAUGGUGCGCAGGCCGGAUAUUACGUUGGCGAGAGAGGUGCUCCACUGGGGACCGGUUAUUCGGCUGGAAGACGGAUUGCGGAGAACGAUCGAGUGGCAUAUCAAUGAUAGGGGGUCUGACUGA